AGUACACUUCGAAAUUGUGUUGCUACUUUCAAGCUGUAAUUAAUCAAUUCAAAAAAACACCAGUGGUCGACUUUAGUGACAACUAAACAUUUUUUUUUGCUGAAAUACAAUCAUUUGAAAAAAGCUAGUAGCAUUGAAAUCUACUCAAAAUGCCACGUCAUUACGUUGAUAAUGCAAUGAAUAGAAGCCUGGGCCGAGUGGGAAUGGCUCAUGGCACUGCCGUACAUUCAACAUCCAGCUAUUCAAGUAGCUCUUCAUCACCAAGCGUUUAUGUCGAUAAUUCGAUGAAUCGAAGCCUCGGCAGAGUUGGGUUGGAGCAUGGAACUGCCGUGCAUUCGAGAUCCAGUUAUUCGCCUGACACUUCGUCGUCGCGCGUUUAUGUCGACAAUUCCAUGAAUCAACGCCUUGGCCGCGUGGGUUUACCGAUCGGAUCUGCGGUUCAUUCCAGCAGCAGUCAAAGUUCAUAUGCUACGCCAUCGAAAUAUGUUGAUAACGAACUGAAUCGCCAGCUGGGUCGUGUUGGACUCGAAAAGGGCACCGCUGUUCAUUCCAAGUCAGAGAAAACGAUUCGAUGUGCACCAAGAACUUACGUUGACAAUGCAUACAAUCGAAAAUUGGGACGAGUCGGACAACCGCUUGGAUUGGCGGUUGAUUCAAAAUCCAAAACAACGGUUGGAAGUGCCACAUCAAAAACAUACGUUGAUAAUGCAUUGAAUCGUCGUUUGGGACGCGUCGGAAAACCAUUGGGAUCGUGUGUUGCAUCAAAAUUAAAAUGCGAUCCAAAACUAUUCGAUUUUAAUGCGAAUGUCUACAAAUAUCAGAACAAUGAUUUUGCGGAAAUAUUUGAAACUUAUCCGGAAUAUGUGUGUGAAGAAAUAGAAAAUUUGAAUAAUUUGAAGCAAGCCAGACGUGACGUGAUCGCCAAAAAGGACAUGAACAUCGAAUUGAAACGUGAACAGAUCAUUGCAUUUGAUGAUUUGGACUUGGGCGAAAAAAUCGGUGGCGGUGGAUUUGGUGAUGUUCAUAUUGCUCUGUGGAAAAAUCAGCAAGUCGCUGUGAAAAAGUUACGCGUACAACGUGUCCACCAAGCAAAGAAAAAGCAGUUUGAAGAUGAAGUUCGCGGUUUUACCAAUUUGGAUCAUCCGUAUAUUGUCAAGUUCUACGGUGCUUGCAUUGUACCACCAAAUUUGGCAAUCGUCAUGGAAUUGUUGUUGGAAGGUUCACUUUAUGAUAAUUUAUAUUAUUCGGAAGAGGAGUUCAAUGAUGCCACCAAGAACCAAUUUAUUUGCGAUUUCUUUUUGGCAUUGCAAUAUAUUCAUUCCAAAAAUAUGGUACAUCGUGACAUAAAAAGCAAAAAUAUUAUGUUGAGCGAUGGAAGGAAACAUUGUAAAUUGGCCGAUUUUGGUUUGGCAUUAAAAGAUGACACCGAAUCAAAUGCAUCGACCAAACAAUUUGGUUUUGCUGGUACAGAAAAAUAUUGCCCAAAAGAAGUUAUCCAAGGGAAACGAUUAACAAUUGAUGAAUUGAAAUCGGUUGAUGUAUACGCAUUGGCACUGACAUCAUUUGAAUUGUUAACCGAAGAGGAACCAUUUUCCGAAUGCAGAAAUAUUCACGAGAUUCGCAGAGCUAUCUGCUAUGGUGACAUUCUGAAAACUGUUGCGAACAAAGAUUGCGGCAUAUCAGCAGCCAAGAAAGAUUUAUUGAAAUCGGCUUUGUCGCAAAAUCGCCCAACAGCUGCUGACUUUUUGAAAAAGUUCAACCAAAUUAUUGCCGCAGAAUAAUGAAUGGGGACGUCACCGUAUUUGCCGUUCUUUAAAAGUAUAAAAUAUGUUAAUGAAACAUAGUUUGAACGCAAAUACGAAUUUUGAAAUAAAAAAAUCGUCAGGAAUUUCUUUUUCUCACAAUAAAGAAUUGAAUUA